GGACCAAUAUUUUUUUUUUCAACCCCUUAUUGUUUUCCAAUUUGUCCUAUUUAUCCUGCCAGAUGUGAUUCCCAUAAACUCAUUCAAUCAAACAAUAUACAGCUCUAACCAAAAAAAUAAAAAAAAGAAUAUAAAGCUAGCCAGCCACCUUAACUCAGAACCCAACAAAAACCUCACAAAAAUUAUGAACUACUUGUCUUGUUUCAGUAUCUUUGUACACUUUGUUCUCUUCCAUCUCUAAAAUCUCCAUUUUUCUACCAAAAUAAAAAUAAAAAUCAAGAUUCACUAGCAUUUCCAUUCUCAAAAUCCAUUUUUUUUCCCUGCCCUUUUCAUCAAUGUUACCCUUUUCAUCAAUCCAAGAGGCAGAAAUUGCCAUUGGAAGAUCUCUUACUUAUGCUGAAACAAUAUGGUUUAAUUACUCUGCUAAUAAAUCUGAUUACUAUCUUUAUUGUCAUAAUAUCCUUUUUCUUUUCUUAAUCUUUUCAUGUGUGCCACUUUAUUAUCUAUUUCUUGAAUUUUUCUUCAGAAAAAGUAUUCAGUCUUAUAAAAUUCAACCUAAGGUCAAUCUUGGUUUAUCUGAGGUGUUUCGUUGUUAUAAAUCGGUUAUGCGUAUGUUCAUCCUCGUUGUUGGUCCUCUUCAGCUUGUUUCUUAUCCCUCUGUUAAGAUGAUUGGGAUUAGAACAAGCUUGCCCUUGCCAUCGUUAUGGGAAAUUUUGUUGCAGUUGGGAACAUACUUUAUAGUGGAGGACUAUUUUAACUAUUGGAUCCAUAGGUUCUUGCAUUGCAAAUGGGGUUAUGAAAACAUUCACAAAGUUCAUCAUGAAUACACAGCUCCAAUCGGCUUUGCUGCGCCGUAUGCGCACUGGUUAGAGAUUUUGAUCCUCGGAAUCCCCUCGUUUCUGGGGCCAGCUAUUGCGCCGGGUCAUAUGAUUACAUUCUGGUUGUGGAUUGCAUUCAGACAGAUUGAGGCUAUUGAGACUCACAGUGGGUAUGAUCUUCCGUGGACUAUCACAAAGUACAUACCUUUUUACGGUGGACCAGAUUACCAUGACUACCAUCACUAUGUUGGGGGCCAAAGCCAGAGCAAUUUUGCUUCAGUUUUCACGUACUGUGAUUACAUAUAUGGAACUGAUAAGGGCUAUCGCUAUCAAAAGAAAGUCCUCCAGCAGUUAAAGGGAGCUUCAAAUGCCAAUGGUGAACAAAAUGGAGGUUCAACAAUAUUUCCAAAAGAUUGCAAAGAUGACUAAGUCCUAGAUCUUCAAAGGCCUUGUAGCGUAAUAGUCUGGUAAAGCGCUCCUCUGAAGCAUCAUUUGUUUUAGGUUGACCACGUCUGCUGUUCAGAAUGUGUUAAAGCAGUAGGUAGGAAGUUUACUUGAUGGUGCUUAUGAGUAGUGCUCUUUGUUGUCCAUGAGGAAUGUUUGGACCCCAAACGUUGUUUUGUAUGCAGAUAGUAUUCAUGUAUCCUUUCUAAGUUGUGAAAUGAAGUUUAGCUUGUAGCUUGAGUGCA